GAAAGGAAGUGUGUGGAGUGUCCAAGUCUCAAGUCGGCUCGGUGUUGCCUCUAAACGCCAAUUAUGAACUUGGAUAUGUCAAAUUCGGAGUGUUUCUGAAUCGAGCAAAAACGGACGAGACCAGUUUCCCGAGUAGUGUGCAGUGUUCAUUAACUACAUUCUGUGUAUUGCUUUUAUACUAGCAACGUCUACUGCGCCAAAAACAGAAUCCACGCUGAGAAACAAUGAAUGCCUCAGAACAUGGGUUUAACCCAGCCUUUAACAUGGCCUCCAUAAAACAGGCUUUCAAUGAGGCGGUGGAAAGAGUGAGAAUGCCAGCUCCGACUCGUUUGCGAGAUCUGAUCAGACAAAUCAGGGCGGCUCGCACUGCAGCCGAAGAGCGUACAGUUGUCAACAAGGAAUGUGCAUACAUACGUUCAACAUUCAGGGAAGAGGACAGUGUUUGGAGAUGUCGAAAUAUCGCCAAAUUACUCUAUAUUCACAUGUUGGGGUAUCCUGCACACUUUGGUCAAUUAGAAUGCUUAAAAUUAAUAGCCUCGCCAAGGUUUACUGACAAGCGUAUCGGUUACUUAGGAGCGAUGCUGCUUCUCGACGAGCGGCAAGAUGUCCAUCUUCUCAUUACAAAUUGUUUGAAAAACGACUUGAACAGCCUGACACAAUUUGUGAUUGGCCUCGCAUUAUGCACACUGGGAGCAAUUGCUUCCCCAGAAAUGGCGAGGGAUCUUGCCUCGGAGGUUGAGCGAUUAAUGAAAUCGCCAAAUGCAUAUAUUAGGAAAAAAGCAGCCCUCUGUGCGUUUCGAAUUAUAAGGAGAGUGCCGGAACUGAUGGAAAUGUUCCUUCCAGCAACUCGCAGUCUCCUAACUGAAAAAAAUCACGGUGUUUUGAUUACAGGAGUGACACUCAUCACAGAAAUGUGUGAGAACAGCGUCGACACAUUGACUCAUUUCAAGCAGAUUGUGCCGAACCUCGUGAGGAUUCUGAAGAAUCUGAUUCACGCCGGAUACUCUCCCGAGCACGACGUGUCCGGUGUGUCAGAUCCGUUUCUCCAGGUGAAAAUAUUGCGUCUGCUGCGAAUUUUGGGGCGCAAUGACGUGAACGCCUCGGAGGCAAUGUACGAUAUUCUCGCGCAAGUUGCGACAAACACAGAAACGACGAAGAAUGUCGGCAACACGAUACUGUACGAGACGGUUCUCUCGAUCAUGGAUAUUAAAUCGGAAAGUGGACUGCGGGUAUUGGCUGUGAAUAUUUUGGGCAGAUUCUUGCUCAAUAAUGACAAGAACAUCCGUUAUGUUGCCUUAAACACGUUACUCAAGACAGUUUACGUGGACACGAGUGCUGUUCAGAGACAUCGCUCGACAAUACUGGAGUGCUUGAAAGAUCCAGAUGUAUCGAUAAGACGUCGGGCAAUGGAGCUCAGCUUUGCGCUCGUCAAUUCAAAUAAUAUUAGAAAUAUGAUGAAGGAAUUACUUCUCUUCCUUGAACGUGCAGAUCCGGAAUUUAAAGCUCAAUGCAGUAGUAAUAUUGUCAUGUCUGCGGAGAGGUUCUCGCCUAAUAAAAGGUGGCAUCUUGAAACGCUAUUCAAAGUUCUCGUAGCAGCUGGGAAUUAUGUGAGGGAUGACGUCGUGGCUUGUACGAUUCAAUUGAUCUCAGAAACUCAGGCUCAACAGUGUUACGCGGUGAGCGCACUUUGGCGUGCUUUGGAAAGAGACACGUCCGACAAGCAGCCGUUGACGCAGGUAGCAACCUGGUGCAUAGGAGAAUAUGGUGAUGUAUUAUUGUAUGGACCACAUCCGGAUGACGCUGACGCUCUAAUCAACCUUACGGAAGACGAAGUCAUCGACGUUUAUCAAAGGUUACUCUGGAGUCAACAGAAUACAGUGAUCACGAAACAAUACACUUUGCUGUCUCUCACGAAGCUCAGCACCCGGUUUCAGAAAGGAAACGAAAAAAUCCGGCAUAUAAUAGACACUUUUGGCAGCAAUCUGCACAUUGAGCUGCAGCAGCGUGGAAUUGAAUUUUCCCAAUUGUUCAAAAAGUACGAUCAUCUGAGACCCGCUCUUCUUGAAAGAAUGCCUCCAAUGGAAACGGCCAGACCGCAAGCCAAUGGAAUUAUCGGAAUGGUGAAUGGUGAACCGGACAUUGAAGAGGAUAAAUCAAACAAUUUGGAGGCCGAUGUUGUUACCCCUGAUUCGAAUGCACUUUUGGAUCUGCUUGGCACAACUGAUUUAAAUUCGUCAUUGCCGAGUGUGUCGGCUGCAUCGCUUUCGGCAAGUACACCCUCUGCGACGAACAGCAAUGACCUUUUGGACCUCUUGGGAGGGUUGGAUUUGAGUUCACCAGCUCUCGCCUCAGCCCCUUCACUGACGCAACAGUCACCGUCACAACUAUUCAGUCCGACUAAUACCUCGAAUUUUCUCGUCGAUGGUUUACUUAAUUCUGCCACCUCGCCAACACAAAAUGAAGUCCAAAGUAUGGUUGUAUUCGAUAAAGCGGGACUCAAAAUUACUUUUAAGUUGGAACGGUCGACAGAUAAUGCAGAUUUGCUAAUGAUUAACAUGUCGGCGCAAAAUUUGGGAUCGACCCCUUUGACUGAAUUUCUAUUUCAAGCUGCCGUUCCCAAGACAUUCCAGUUGCAAAUGUUAUCACCUUCCGGUACUGUUAUUCCCCCUGCGGGACAAGUUACUCAAGUAUUAAAAGUGACGAAUAUCCAUAAAGCCUCGCUGAGAAUGAGACUGCGCAUUUCUUAUACGGGAUUGGCGGGUCCUGUAUUAGAACAAGCGGAAGUAAACAAUUUUCCGUCGUUAUUAGCGCAGUGACAGCAGAUGAUACUGAAGUCAAUUGUACAUAUGCCUGCCUAAUAAAUAAGUGAGUCUUGAA